UGAAAUAAAAUGGAGGGGGUGAAAUAUAAGAAAACAAAACUCACAUCCAUAUGCUUUUAAUAUCAAGCUCUAGUUUAUUAAAGUCGAUCCCAUUUCUGAUCUUUCCCUUUUGAGGCAUCGACCUUUCUUCCUCUUUAGUCUUUAGAUUUCGACCCUUAAAAUAGAAUAAAGAAAACUCUAGGUCUCGACAAUCGAUCCAUCGAUCUUUCUGAUGGCGAACAGCAAUCUGCCUCGGAGAAUCAUCAAGGAAACGCAGCGGCUGUUGAGCGAACCGGCUCCUGGGAUUAGUGCGUCUCCUUCUGAGGAGAACAUGCGCUAUUUCAAUGUUAUGAUUCUUGGUCCGACUCAGUCACCGUAUGAAGGAGGUGUUUUCAAGCUCGAGUUAUUUUUGCCUGAAGAGUAUCCAAUGGCUGCCCCAAAGGUUCGAUUUUUGACCAAAAUUUACCAUCCUAAUAUUGACAAGCUUGGAAGAAUAUGCCUCGAUAUUCUUAAAGACAAGUGGAGUCCAGCUUUGCAGAUUCGAACAGUACUGCUAAGUAUUCAAGCACUACUGAGCGCUCCAAACCCAGAUGAUCCUCUUUCAGACAACAUUGCAAAGCAUUGGAAAGCAAAUGAAGCUGAAGCUGUAGAAACAGCAAAGGAAUGGACCCGUCUAUAUGCCAGUGGUGCAUGAUGACUAUGAGAGUUCAUGGGUUUAAUAACUCAUCUGUUGUGAUACUCUAGACCCUAUUUUGCUUUUAAAGUGAAUGGAACGUGGUAUUUGAGAACUGCAGGCAGUUCAAUCCUUGGAUGCUGUUACAUUGUACCCUGUAUAUUGCAUUUCUUAAAGUUGAACACCUUGCUAUUUCAUGUAUCAGUUAUUUAAGGUUGUCAUAUACUUCUUUAUCUUGCAACUUAUUUGGGCGGUUUCUAACAAAGUUACAUUCAGUUUCUUAGUAACAAGUGUGCAUUUAUCA